AUGGAGCCGCGGUCGAGAAGCACCUGGGCCGUGGGCCUGGGUAUGGUGUUCUGGAUGUUCCUGCUCUUCUCGCCUCUGGCUUGGGUUGGACAGGCCAAGGCUGAUGACACAGAGAACUAUGGAACAGUAAUUGGAAUUGAUCUUGGAACUACUUACAGCUGUGUUGGCGUGAUGAAGAAUGGCAAGGUUGAGAUUCUCGUCAACGACCAAGGAAACCGUAUCACCCCAUCAUACGUCGCCUUUACCGAGGAGGAGCGUUUGGUCGGUGACGCCGCCAAGAACCAGGCCGCCGGAAACCCAUCAAACACGAUCUUCGACAUCAAGCGUCUUAUUGGCCAAAAGUUCACUGAUGACGCUGUUCAGCGUGACAUCAAGCACUUUCCCUUCAAGGUCACCAACCAGGAUGGCAAGCCUUUCGUCACAGUCGCCGUUAACGGCGAGGACAAGAAGUUCUCUCCCGAAGAGAUCUCUGCUAUGAUUCUGGGCAAGAUGAAGGAGGUGGCCGAGAACUACCUCGGUGAGAAGGUCACCCACGCCGUUGUUACCGUCCCCGCGUACUUCAACGACAACCAGCGCCAGGCUACCAAGGAUGCCGGUAUUAUCGCCGGUCUCAACGUCCUCCGUAUCGUCAACGAGCCCACCGCCGCUGCUAUCGCAUACGGCCUGGACAAGACCGAGGGCGAGCGUCAAAUCAUUGUCUACGAUCUGGGUGGUGGUACCUUCGAUGUCUCCCUGCUCUCUAUCGACCAGGGUGUCUUCGAGGUCUUGGCUACUGCCGGCGACACCCAUCUUGGAGGUGAGGACUUUGACCAGCGUGUUAUCAACCACUUCGCGAAGACCUACAACAAGAAGAACAGUGUCGACAUCACCAAGGACCAGAAGGCCAUGGGCAAGCUCAAGCGCGAAGCCGAGAAGGCCAAGCGUUCUCUCUCCUCCCAGAUGUCCACCCGUAUUGAGAUCGAGGCCUUCUUCGACGGCAAGGACUUUUCCGAGACUCUGACUCGGGCCAAGUUCGAGGAGCUCAACAUGGACCUCUUCAAGAAGACGAUCAAGCCUGUCGAGCAGGUUCUCAAGGACGCCAAGGUCAAGAAGGACGAGGUUGAUGACAUCGUCCUCGUCGGUGGCUCCACCCGUAUCCCCAAGGUUGUGUCCCUCAUUGAGGAGUACUUCAACGGCAAGAAGGCCAGCAAGGGUAUCAACCCCGAUGAGGCUGUGGCUUUUGGUGCCGCCGUUCAGGCUGGUGUGCUCUCCGGUGAGGAGGGAACCGCCGACAUUGUCCUCAUGGAUGUCAACCCGCUCACCCUUGGUAUCGAGACCACUGGAGGUGUCAUGACCAAGCUGAUCCCCCGCAACACUCCCAUCCCUACUCGCAAGAGCCAGAUCUUCUCCACGGCCGCCGAUAACCAGCCCGUCGUCCUGAUUCAAGUAUUCGAGGGCGAGCGAUCUAUGACGAAGGACAACAACCUCCUCGGCAAGUUCGAGCUGACUGGAAUUCCCCCAGCUCCCCGUGGCCAGCCCCAGAUCGAGGUCUCUUUCGAGCUCGACGCAAACGGAAUCCUGAAGGUUUCGGCCGUCGACAAGGGAACUGGCAAGGGCGAGUCCAUCACCAUCACCAACGACAAGGGCCGUCUUACCCAGGAGGAAAUCGAGCGCAUGGUCGCCGAGGCUGAGAAGUACGCCGAGGAGGACAAGGCCACCCGUGAGCGCAUUGAGGCUCGUAACGGUCUUGAGAACUACGCCUUCAACCUGAAGAACCAGGUCAACGACGAGGAUGGUCUCGGUGGCAAGAUCGACGACGAGGACAAGGAGACACUUCUGGAGGCCGUCAAGGAGGCCACUGACUGGCUCGAGGAGAACGCUGCCACUGCGGCCGCCGAGGACUUCGAGGAGCAGAAGGAGAAGUUGUCCAACGUUGCUUACCCCAUCACUAGCAAGCUCUACGAGUCUGCUGGUCCUGGCGGUGACGACGAGCCUGUGGACCACGACGAGCUCUAA